AUGAGUCGUUUAUUAGCGGGACCCACGCAUGCAGCGCUGUCUCCAGCACAGCAGGCUUAUCUCGAGCGAGUGAUCAGGGUUGACCAGGCAGGUGAGUUAGGUGCGGACUUGAUCUACGCUGGCCAGUACCUGGCGCUCUCGCACAACAAAAAGCUCAAGCCGGUGUUGAAACACAUGUGGGAUCAGGAGGUGCACCACCGGUCCACGUUCAACAGUCUGCAGGGUGAACACCGCGUGAGGCCCUCCAUCUUCACGCCGUUUUGGAAGGUGGGUGCUUUUGGAAUGGGCUUUGCCACCGGAUUCAUGAACAAGGAGGCGGCAAUGGCAUGCACAGAGGCCGUGGAGACUGUGAUUGGGAAGCACUACAAUACCCAGCUCCGCGUCCUGACAAACAACUUUGCCGACGUGAAAGAGUUUGCGGCCGACAAAUGUUCCGAUUCGAAGGAGAUUGAGCACUUGAAGGAAACCAUCAGGGUUUUCAGGGACCAGGAGUUGGAGCAUUUGGACACAGCCAUCCAACACGACUCCAAAAACGCAAGACCGUACUGGCUGCUGACCGAGACCAUAAAGGGCGUUUGCAAGACUGCAGUCUACCUCGCAGAAAGAAUAUGA